AUGGACCCCCAGUCGCAGGUUGAUAUCUCCAAGCUCAGCGAGUCCGACAAGAAGGAGCUGAACCAGAUCCUGAGCAACGAGGCCCAGAAGUCCAACAUCCAGCAGACCGUGCACCACUUGAACGACGUGUGCUGGAAGAAAUGCGCCACGGGCAAGAUCAGCUCGAGCACCCUCGACCGGACAGAGGAGGCAUGCGCACAGAACUGUGUUGAGCGGUGGAUGGACACAAACCUGUCCAUUCUGAAACACCUGGAUGCUCUGCGUGGUGGACACUAA